UAAAAUUAAAAAAAAAUGCUACGCAACUUCGCAGUUCCAGUUAUUGUCACUCUGCAUUGGCUUGCACUGUGUAGACACGGUGGUGGCAAUAUUGCCAUUGCAGAUGCUUCAAUAAUCCCAAUUGGAGAUCCAAAUAUAGCGGUGGGGAAAAUAUCAUCUCAGUCCAGCACUUAUGAAGAAAAAGGAGACUCCAGAAAGGCCAUUGAUGGCUCUCUUGCAAAUAGUUAUGACAAUGGGGACUGCACCCUGACAAAGCAGGAUUUUGAACCCUGGUGGAUGUUAGAUCUGAAGUCAGCUUUUCAGGUAUCUGCUGUGGUGAUCACCAACAGAGGAGACUGUUGUGAGUCGCGGAUAAGAGGAGCUGAGAUUCUGAUUGGGGAUUUGCCAGAUAACGGAGGCACAAUGAAUCCUAGGUGUGCGACCGUUCACAGCAUGAGUCUCGGGGAGACAAUGACCUUUAACUGUGCAGGGAUGCAAGGGCAGUAUGUGACCAUUACGAUCCCUGGAAGAAAGGAGUCCCUCUCUCUCUGUGAAGUGCAAGUGCUCGCACACCCAUGGCUUCACAUAGUUCAUGGUGGAGGGCGAAGUCCUGUCAGAGAUAGUGAAACUAAUGUAGGUCUUCAGGGCAGAACACUGAAUUUCCCCAAUGAAUCAAAGAGCAGUUUUGCAGUCUUAUCUCCAUUGCAACCUUUGAAUCUGAUGGAAUUCACGCUCUGUUUGAGGGUAGUUGUAGAGCAUUUGGAUGAAGGCAAGAUAAUUAUCUUCUCCUACCACUCGCAAGAUGAUGAACUGAGGAUCUUGCGUGAGAGAGCAGGCCAGUUUGGUUUACACAUGGGGGGACAGAGUGUGACAUUUGCUCUCCCAGAUCUCAGCACCCUGGGGAGUCACUUGUGUGUCACCUGGGAAUCUGAAUUUGGCCUCACAGCCUUUUGGAUGAAUGGGAAAAGGAGUGUCCGAAAGGUACACAAUGUGGGACAUAUUCUUCAGCCAGGGGGUACUGUGAUGCUUGGACAGAAUCAGGGUGCAGAAGAUAUGCCUGAACAGCAGAAGUGGCGUUUCGUGGGAGAAAUAACAGAUCUCUACAUGUGGGAUUACGUACUGAAAUCUCACGACAUCCAGGCUGUGUUCCAGUCCCAUCAAUUUCCCAGUGGAAAUAUCUUUGACUGGAAAAUUUUAUCAUAUAAGAUUAUAGGAAAUGUGAUGGUAUUGCCGAAGGAUAAUGACUACGGAGGAGUCCCCAAUGUGGCUAUCACUGGAGAAGCUUUACAAUCCAGCACCUACAACCAACUAGCAGGCCCUGGGAAUGCCAUUGAUGGGUUGACAUCAGGUGAAUUUACACAAGGAUCGUGCACCCACACAGACUAUGAAAGUAACCCUUGGUGGAUAGUAGAUCUGAAGGCACAGUAUCGUGUAUUCCGUGUAAGCAUCAGCAAUCGGAAGGACUGUUGUGGGAAUCGGUUAAAUGGGGCUGAAAUCCGCAUCGGGAACUCUGCCGAGAACGGGGGCAUCACAAAUCCCAGAUGUGCCAUAAUCAUCUCCUUGGACCCUGGAGAAACAAGGAGUUUUUAUUGUGAAGAUUCACAAGGACAGUUUGUAACUGUUAACCAACCAAAUGGAGGAAUUCUCACACUUUGUGAAGUCCAAGUGUUUGGUCUGAAAGUUGAUUCCACUAGUGCUGAGCCUGACCAGAGCAAACUGCCAUGGGAACCAGAAGGUGAAGAACAAGUCCCGAUGUCUGUCUCUAAUGUGGCCCUUAAAGGAAAGGCAUUCCAGUCCAGCACCUACAAUAUAUUUGGAGUCCCUGAACAUGCCAUUGAUGGGUCUACAUCUGCUAACUAUCUGCGUGGGCACUGCACCCACACAGAGCUGGACAUUAAUCCAUGGUGGACACUGGAUUUGAUGGCAGAGUUCCAUGUGUGGAGAGUAAACAUCACCAAUCGAGGAGAUUGCUGUGCGGAACGGAUAAAUGGGGCUGAAAUCCUAAUUGGGAACUCACCGGAAAAAGGGGGAAUCAAGAAUCCAAGGUGUGCUACAAUCAGCUCACUGGGCCCAGGGGAAACAGGCACUUUUGACUGCGGAGGAAUCCAAGGACAGUAUGUCACUGUUACCAUCCCAGGCAUACGGUAUCUCUCCAUGUGUCAAGUCCAAGUGUUUGGUGUGAGGGCAAAUUCCUCAGGACUCUGGGACAUAGCUAACAGGACAGAGACGUCUGCAAUUGAGCAAUGGAUAAAACCGCUGAAGCCUUACAGACUGCCAUGGGAAGACACGAAAGGGGAAGAAGCCUACUCAUCUGUUUACAAUGCAGCCCAUAAUGGAAAGGCAUUCCAGUCCAGUACCUAUAACAAACUAGGAGCCGCUGAGAAUGCCAAUGAUGGCUCUAAAUCCAGCAACUAUUUGCGUGGACACUGCACACACACUCAGUUAGAAGUUAAUCCCUGGUGGAUGGUGGACCUCAGGACUAGGUUCCGAGUACUCAGUGUAGUUGUCACCAACCGAGGAGACUGUUGUGGGGACCGGAUAGAAGGUGCCGAAAUCCGGAUCGGGGACUCAGAAGUUGAUGGAGGGAUCAGAAAUCCCAGAUGUGCUAUAAUCACCUCACUGAGUUCUGGGGAAACACGCAAAUUUGAGUGUGAAGGAAUGCUUGGACAGUAUGUGACCAUUACCAUCCCAGGCGGAGAACGAUACCUCUCACUGUGUGAAGUUGAAGUGUAUGGACUGCGGGAAAUGCCCCCUGUCCCCAACGUGGCUUUUCUAGGUCAGGCAUCCCAGUCCAGCACCUUCAACCAAUUAGGAGCCGCAGGGAAUGCCAUUGAUGGGUCAACUGCCGUUGACUUUAUGCGUGGAUCGUGCACUCACACUGACUAUGAGCAAAAUCCAUGGUGGAGAGUAGACCUGGGGGCAGAGUUUAGUGUGUCCAGCGUAAGUAUCACCAACCGAGAAGACUGUUGUGCAUAUCGACUAGAUGGGGCUGAAAUACGGAUUGGCAACUCAAUGGAAAAAGGAGGCUCCACAAACCCCAGGUGUGCCAUAAUCUCCUCAAUCCCUGAUGGGCAAACCCACAACUUUGGCUGUCAAGGAAUGAAAGGACAGUACGUAACAGUUUUCAUCCCGGGCUAUCAGGUACUCACCCUGUGUGAAGUCCAAGUGUUUGGUGUGAAGGUACAGUCCUCUGGUGAUUCAGAGAUCCCAGCUGAGAAGACGGAAGCAUAAGUGGUAGAUCUCCUUGGCCAAGCCUACAUUUUCCUGAUCAAAGAGACAAAAGCUCAUUGUCCUGAAUACCACACAGUUGUUCAGUCUUAACUCUGUGAAUUCUUUGCUGGGAGGUAGCUGUAGUGUUACUCAUUAAACAUGGAAUUGCUUUUAUCUCCUAUUGUACCAAGUACUAAAAUAAACUCAGUGCCUGGCAAGAAACAAUGACA